GAGAGGAGGAGGAGAAACAAGUGUUUCAGAGCAGACAGAAUGAGGAAACCUGGAGAAGUGGAAAUGAAAGGAAGGAGGAGUUGAGGGAUGACCUCGAGGGGGUUUGGGGGAGUGAUCACAGAGCUGAACGAUUCUCAGUGGUUUUAUUAUGAAUGAAUACACACACACACACACACACACACACACACACAGAUGAAUGUGAUGGCCAUAUCAUCACUCAGUGGAGCAGGUAUUUAAUAAUGUAUGGGGAGAGACUACUAUUGAUUCAUGUCUUGCUCUCUAUAACUCUCACACACACACACACACACAUUCACACACGCGCACGUGGAUUUGCUCUGUCUUUCUCUGUGGGUAAUUUUAAUUUUUUUUCUAAAUUAUUAUUUUAUUAUUAUAUUUGGUUGUUUAUUUAUUUACAUUUAUUUAAAUAAGUACAUUUUUAUUUAAUUUUGCAUUAUAAAGGGGCAAUUAUGUUUUCUGUACAUAUGCUGUUCUGCAGUAAAAUCGUGUGUGUGUGAAAGAGAGAAACUGCAGUAUCUGAGCUCACGUGCUGCAGUUCACGCAGGUGACUGAGUGGAGUCACACUGCCCCCUGGUGGUAAUGAGUCAGUAUUACACCACAUAAACUCUUCAGUGGGGUUAACUUUAUCUUUACACUCUGUGUGUGUGCGUGUUUGUUUUGAUUGACAGGUAAAGAGUGUGUUCAACAUGACAGCCAAAGAGGGCAGGAAGAGGUCGAUCAGUGCCCUUGUCGCCGUGGGCAACGGUAAUGGAGCUGCAGGCUUUGCUUUGGGAAAGGCCACAGACAGAACCACAGCCCUGCGGAAGGCCAAGAACAGAGCGAUGCACUACCUCUACUACAUCGAGAGAUACAACGACCACACCAUUUAUCACGAUGUCGAGUCGACCUUCAAGAGAACCACACUGCGCAUGAAAAAGCAGAAUAAAGGAUACGGGCUGCACUGUCACAGGGCUGUAAUAACUCUGUGUAAACUGAUCGGGAUUAAGGACAUGUACGCUAAAGUGGAAGGAUCAGUGAAUCUACUGAACAUCACCCGCGCACUCUUCCAGGGCCUGGCCAAUCAGGAGACGCACCAGAUGCUGGCCGACAGGAAGCAGCUGAACGUGGUGGAGUUUAGCGAGGAGCGAGGUCCGUUGCCCGUGGUGGUGGCGCGGCCGCAUCUCGGAGCCCGGAACGAUCCGGAGGUGGAGGACGACGUUCCGAACACGAAGCUGCACUGGGCCGACGUUCAGCUCGCUCAGGGCAUGAAGCGCUCGGUGUGGGCCGGCGUCAAGAGAACCAUCUGGUGAUACGUUUCAAAUAAAAACAUCUGAACACCGAGACCGAGUCUGAAACAUCUGACUAACUCAGCACACCCCAGCGUGAGGAGUCCGGAGAACCCAGAGCACAGAACCGGCACUGGGUGUGGGUCAGAACCACGAGAUCCGCAUACGCCAUGUUUAUUGUUGUAGGUAUUGUUGAAGUGUUGGUAAAUGAAAUAAAUGUUUUAAACAGUC